GCUCCCUUUUAGUCUCCAUCAUCAAGUUGCAACUUAUCAAAAUUCCAGGUAUAAUGGUUAAGGGAUGAUUAGGAAGACAACAUCAUAAUCACUAGAUAAUUAUUAUCAUUAGUAUAUCAUUUAACAUCAGAGGAUUAACCAUGUCUAACUCAGAAAAAGGGACCAGUUCGGAAAAGGAAAGAGAAGCUGAAUCAGAAAGAAAACCAGAAUAUGAUACUACAGCCCCACCACCUGCUUAUGAAGAAAUAGCAACCGAUUAUAAUCGUCAUCAACAAGCCAUACCACCACCUCAACAACAACAAUAUCAUCUGUUCCCUCCUAAUUCAGGUUCAUCAUAUGCCCCUCCACCAGUUCAGAAUACUCAAGUAGGCUACAAUUAUAACCCACCUCCACAAACAUAUAAUGAUCCCUUACAAGAUCCAAAUGUAUAUAGAGUACCGGCUGAUAUAGUCAAUAUAACUCAAACCAUGCCUCAUUAUCUAAACCCAUCCUAUCAACAAUAUCUUGAACGAGAUCAACAACGGAUUCAACAGGGUAAUUUCCCAAAUCCUAAUGGACCUUUGAAUACUGGUACUCAAAAUCCAACUCGUAAAGGUGGUAGUGGAUUCUUUCCCGGUAAGAGUGGUGUAACUUAUAAUAAUGCUGCUAAUAAGUGAAGACAAAGAGAAAGAGGAGAAGAUUCUAUUCUGAUUGAUUUAUUGUUUAGAUAUAUUUAUUGAUUACCUAUAUAAUAUAUAUAUAGUUCAGCAAAAA